CGGCCCCACCCCCGUAGAACUUUCCGUGGCGGUCCAUUUUUGGGCUCCCCACCUUCGGCUUCGUCCGUCGCGAGAGUUCACGUCCCGCUUCUCCCGACGAAGACGAACAAGCUUCCCGAAGCACCCUCGAACACUCGUCUCGCGCCACUCUGCUCGCUCGGGUUAGUGAACUCGAUAGUUUCUCGAAGGAAGCCGGCGAAGAAAAGAAGCCGCCACCAUGGACGCGAUCAAGAAGAAGAUGCAAGCGAUGAAGCUUGAGAAGGACAACGCGAUGGACAAGGCCGACGCCUGCGAGGGCCAGGCGAAGGAGGCGAAUAUGCGCGCGGACAAAGUGAACGAAGAAGUGAACGACCUGCAGAAGAAGCUCGUCCAGGUCGAGGGUGACUUGCAGGCGAACAAACAGAACUUGGAGCAGGCGAACAAGGACCUGGAGGAGAAGGAGAAGGCCCUGACCAACGCCGAGUCCGAGGUCGCCGCGCUGAACCGCAAAGUGCAGCUGAUCGAAGAGGACUUGGAGAGAUCCGAGGAGCGACUCAACACUGCCACCGCCAAGUUGACCGAGGCUUCCCAAGCUGCCGACGAGUCUAGCCGUAUGUGCAAAGUAUUGGAGAACCGCGCGCAGCAGGAUGAAGAGAGGAUGGAUCAGCUGACGAACCAGCUGAAGGAGGCUCGCCUGCUCGCCGAGGACGCCGACGGAAAAUCCGACGAAGUAUCGCGAAAGCUGGCCUUCGUUGAAGACGAGCUGGAAGUCGCCGAGGAUCGAGUCAAAUCCGGCGAAGCCAAGAUCAUGGAGCUGGAGGAAGAACUGAAGGUCGUUGGUAACAGCUUGAAGUCUUUGGAAGUCUCCGAAGAGAAAGCCAACCAAAGAGUCGAGGAGUUCAAGAGGCAGCUCAAAACGUUGACCGUCAAACUAAAGGAGGCGGAAGCCCGCGCCGAAUUCGCCGAGAAGACGGUGAAGAAAUUGCAGAAGGAGGUCGACAGGCUCGAAGACGAGCUGGGCAUCAACAAGGACAGAUACAAGUCGCUCGCCGACGAGAUGGACUCGACGUUCGCCGAGUUGGCUGGAUACUAGAGCUGUUCCGUCGUUCCGUGGUUCGUUUGACGCUCGAGAUUAUCACGCGUGGAGAUGGGAUGGGAUGGGACUGCGACGCUUCCGUCGCCAACGACUAGAUAACUCGGACUCGUCGCCGCGGGAUCAACGAAGGAACCAAGGGGCUGAGGACGCGCCGGUGAUCGGACGUUAUUUAUCGAAAUUAUACGACGACGAUGGUCAAUGUACGAUGGAGAUCGUAAGAAAAUUUUACUCUGUUACACUGUUGUACCAAAUAUUACACGAAACCCAAUAAACUGCUGCAACGCGGUAUGCGUUACUAAUUCGA